AUCUGACGGCUCUGCUUCCUUCCACGUCACCUUCGUCUUCUUCAUCAACCCUCUCUCUCUCCGUCACCGUCUUCUCCUCCUUCUUUAAGUUUAUCGCGUUAUUUAUACGGUUUCUUCUCUAGGGUUUCCUCCAGAUUCAUCUCUCUUUUCCUUUUUUUCUCCUCCUCGAAGAACUUCUUCAAUUUUGCUCAAGCAGAGACCUUCAAGCUCCAAUUUUUGUGACAAUUAAGGGUUAAAGAAUCCUAGGACUGUGUCUGUGGAGUGGAAUUGGGGGUUUUUAUAUGAGGGAUGGCGAUCGAGAAGAGUAACGUCAAGGUUACGAGGUUUGAUCUAGAGUACUCACAUGGUAGUGGUGAAUCUAUGUCAAGUUAUGAAGAAAGACGUAAAAACUCAGUGGCUAAUAAUAAUGUUGAUUCUGAGGAUGAAGAUGAUGAUUUUGAUGAAGAUGAUUCUGGAGCAGGUUCUGAUGAUUUUGAUUUGCUUGAAUUAGCGGAAACUGGUGCUGAGUUUUGUCAAGUUGGGAAUGUUACUUGUAGUAUUCCUUUUGAGUUGUAUGAUCUCUCUAGUUUGGAAGAUAUACUUUCUGUUGACGUUUGGAAUGAGUGUCUCACUGAGGAAGAGAGGUUUAGUCUCUCGAGUUAUCUGCCUGAUGUUGAUCAGCUUACGUUUAUGCGGACUUUGAAAGAGCUUUUCGAGGGUCGGAAUUUCCACUUUGGUAGUCCUGUUAAGAAACUAUUUGAUAUGUUGAAGGGUGGGCAGUGUGAACCGAGGAAUACGCUUUAUCUUGAAGGGCGUAGUUUGUUUCUACGAACCAAACAUUAUCAUAGUUUGAGGAAGUAUCAUAAUGACAUGGUGGUGAAUCUUUGUCAGACUAGGGAUGCUUGGGCAAGUUGUAAAGGGUAUAGUAUUGACGAGAAGCUUCGUGUCCUGAAUAUUGUGAAAAGCCAAAAGACUUUGAUGCGUGAGAAAAAGGAUGAUUUUGAGGAGGAUUCAUCAGAGAAGGAAGAACCUUUUGAUAAGCCUUGGAGUAGAAAGGAAAAAGAUAGGAAGUCUACACAACACAAAUUGGCCCGUCAUUCUGGUUAUGGUGUUGAUUCAGGUUUGGAAUUUCCUAGCCGGCGGCAGCUGACGGCUGUAGAACAGGAUAGAUACGGAAAACCAAAGUCAAAACCGAAGUUUCCUCUUGCUAAAACGUCUGUUGGGCCAUAUGCUUCAGGUUAUAAUGGGUAUGGUAUGAAUUCUGCAUACAACCCCUCUUCUCUUAGGCAGAGGUAUGGUUCAGGUUUGGUUCUUGGGUCAGAAGAUAAUAUUGACGAUGAUGAUCAGGAUCCACUCUUUGGAAUGGGUUCUCGACGAGACCGGGAGAAAUCUGGAUACUCAAGGCCUGGAAAGAAACACAAAUCUUCAAGAGAUGGAGAACCAAUUUCUGAACAUUUUAUGGGUCCACCAUAUUCAUCAAGGCAGUCCCACAUCAAUUACGGAAAAUCGAGUAGAUAUGCAAAUAAUAUUCAGCCUCACGCAUUUGCCGACCAGGUGAAGCCUGUUAAAGGUAGUCUAGCGGACCUUCGUGGUGACUUAUAUUGGCAUGGGAAGAAUCAUGGAGAUGGCUUUUCUGUUGAUCCCAGAUAUAUAUCUGAUGACUUGAAUAGUAAAAGCAAAAAGUUGAAGUCUGAGAGGGACUCACCUGAUACUAGUUUGAGAUCUUAUAGAGCUUCUAUGCAACAAAUGAACGAGAGGUUCUUAAAUUCUGAUUUUGGCGAGAACCAUGUGCAGGAAAAGAUUAGGGUGAAUGUGGUACCAAAUGCGAGGUCUGGUGUUGCAGCAUUCAGAGAUAGCAGGAUGUUCAUGGGAAAUGAUGAUACAGAGUCGGAUUCAUCCCAUGGCUAUGAUGAUGAGGAGCGAAAUCACUUAAUGCGGAACAAAUCUUCUGUCUCAGUUGGUGGGCUGAAUAAUUCUCAUUUUCCGAUACUCAAAUCCAGGCAAGAUAGUAAAAAGAGCAAAUCCAGAAAGAAAGAUAUGCAGGAGAAUGAAUUGCUUGAUGGACGUAGUGCUCACUUGAAAUAUUUAGGCUUACCUGGAGAACACAUCUAUGCGCCAGGGACAGAGAAGCACUCCUUCAAUGCAAAACAGAAGGGUAAGAUGCGCGAUAGGAGUCCCUUAAAUAACUUUUCCUCUCGAGAUUUUGAAGAUGGCCCAAUCACAAGCUUGAGUGAGUUGCAGGACAGAAGCAACAGGAAGGAGUUUUUCAGGUCAAACAAGAAUAGCCAUACAAGAGAGCAAAUGAUUGAUAGACCACUGUUUCAGAGACCAUCUGCAAAACCAUAUUUGUCUGGGAGAAAAAGAGGCUUUGAUGAAGGUGAAGAAUCACCUGAGAUGAGAACCUUGGUUAAUGAUAGUGCUCGGGGUCGACUUAGUAGGAAAUAUCAGGUUUCUGAGGAUGAUGGUAAUAGUGGUGAUGAAAAUUUAGAGGCCAGGUUGUUGGUUUCUUGCAGUGCUGUGUCUAAAAAGAGGAAGACUAGAGUCUCUUUGAUGGACAUGGAGAGGAGGGAGGAUAAUGGUGAUCUGCAGCUAUAUUCCGACAUUCAACAGCCUGUUGAUGAUGUAAUUGUCUCAAAGAGAAAGGGAAAGAAGAAAAUGGAGGUUGAUGUUGGUUUUAUUGAUCUGGAAACCUCUGACAUACCGAAAGCAGGAAAGGGAGCAAGUGAAGCAGAGGUGGAAACCAAGCCCCUGAAGAAGCCAUUUGUGUUGAUCACACCAACAGUUCACACUGGCUUCUCUUUCUCUAUUGUACAUCUUCUAUCAGCCGUGCGUAUGGCAAUGACAAGUUUGCGUCCUGAAGAUUCAUUAGAUGUUAGCAAAUCUGUGGCAGUGGAGAACGCAGAACAUGAAACUGGAGAAAAUGGUACCUCCGUGACCAAGGAGGCAGAGGAUAACAAGUCGCCACAGCAAGGAAAUGGGAACUUGCCAUCCCUCACUAUCCAGGAGAUUGUUAGCUGCGUGAAGUCAAACCCGGGAGAUCCUUGUAUCCUUGAGACACAAGAGCCACUUCAGGAUUUGAUUAGAGGGGUUCUGAAAAUCUUCUCUUCGAAAACCUCGCCUUUAGGGGCAAAGGGUUGGAAGCCACUUGUAACAUUUGAGAAGUCGACGAAAUGCUGGUCUUGGAUUGGCCCUGUUCUCGGUCCUUCUGAUCAGGAGACUGUCGAAGAGGUAACAUCGCCUGAAGCCUGGGGUCUCCCGCACAAGAUGCUUGUCAAGUUGGUUGAUUCAUUUGCAAAUUGGCUGAAAAAUGGCCAGGAAACUCUUCAGCAAAUAGGAAGUCUUCCUGAACCACCGUUGUCACUCAUGCAAUGUAACCUUGAUGAGAAAGAAAGGUUCAAAGAUCUGAGAGCACAAAAGAGCCUUAGUACGAUUACCCAGAGUUCCGAAGAAGCAAGAGCCUAUUUCCGCAAAGAGGAAUUUCUGAGGUACUCAAUUCCGGACAGAGCCUUUGUGUACACAGCUGCUGAUGGUAAGAAGUCAAUUGUUGCUCCUCUGAGAAGAGGGGGAGGGAAGCCAACCUCGAAAGCUCGGGAUCAUUUCAUGUUGAAACGCGAGAGACCACCACAUGUCACAAUUCUGUGUCUUGUGAGAGAUGCUGCCGCCAGAUUGCCUGGUAGUAUUGGGACCAGAGCUGAUGUUUGUACAUUAAUAAGAGACUCGCAGUAUAUCGUGGAGGAUGUGUCUGAUUCACAAGUGAAUCAAGUCGUGAGUGGGGCCUUGGAUCGUUUGCACUACGAACGGGACCCUUGUGUCCAAUUCGAUUCAGAGAGGAAACUGUGGGUGUAUCUACACAGAGACAGAGAAGAAGAAGAUUUCGAGGAUGAUGGUACUUCAUCCACAAAGAAAUGGAAGAGACCAAAGAAAGAAGCUGCAGAGCAAACAGAAGAACAAGAAGCUGUCACUGUAGCUUUCAAUGGGAAUGAAGAACAAACCGAAACUGAGAUGGGUACAGAUCCAAAGACGGAUGAGCCCACUGGUUUGGAAGGAGAUCAAGGUGCAGCAGACCAACUGUGUAACGAGACUGAACAAGCUGCAGAGGAGCAAGAUAAUGAGAACACCGCUCAGGGUAAUGAGCCGACGAUAUGGGAGCCUGAUCCUGCUGUUGUUUCUAAUCCGGUUGACGAUAACACAUUUAUCUGCCAAGAGAACUCAGUGAAUGAUGAUUUCGAUGAUGAAACAUGAUCGGUGGUACAUUACCAGGUAGGUCUCAAACACUCUCUUUCAUAUUCAGAUCUCAUUGAUCAUAAGUUUUGAUCUAUAGGCUCAUUAGUCCCCCUGAGUCUAAGUCCAUUCCCGUUGUUUUCAGGUGAAGAGGCCAGAGGGGUAUUUGAUUAAUAGAAAGAGAAGCUUAUGUGGAUUUGUUGUAUAAUUGUUUGGUCCCAAUAGAUGUCAAAAAAGAGU